AAAAUGGAACAAGGACGCCUAGAUGCCACGGGAGUGAACAACGUCGCGGCCUUAGGCAACAUGAUCAUGACUCAAAAAGUGGAAUAUGACUUCAAGUAUUACAAAAUGGAGUUUGAUUCUGAUGUCUCUGUUUUAGUACUAUCGGAAGGAAAAUCCUUGUUACCGAGUGACUACCACGUCCCACUACGCCCUGAGGAGUCUUCAUUACAAAUAUUCAAUGCUAUCAUUGAAGCAGCAACAUACUACUUAAAGGAGGAUAUCAUGAAUAUCAUUAGGAUAUACCUCACUAGUCUUAAGCUUGUUAAGUACACUAUAAGUGAAGAUAUACAGUUUGUUGAAGACGAUUUUAUAGAAAUGCGGAGUAAUUCGGACGAGGAUAAUCCAGUGACGGCCGACGAUUUACACAGGCUACUGGUCCUCGCGCGGCUAGUCAGCCUCUCUCGUGGGUUUGAUACUCUCGACAAGGAGUGCUGGGAGAUCACCAAGAAGAUGGAAGCAGAAAGACUCAACAGGAUAAAGAAUAGAGUUGCUUCUACAAUAUAAAUGUAUUUUUUUAUUAAACCUUUUUUACUUAA